GACAACUGAGGGAAGCCUCGCGCCUACCGGCUCCUCUCGCGGAUGUGGGAGGAGUCUUGAUGUUUUCGCGCCAAAAUAGAAAUUGAGGAACGAAAGUGAUAGGAGGUCUGAUGACGUGUAAUAAGAUUACUUUGUAGGUUGUUGAUGAGUUAGAAUCCUGAGAUGAGUGCUGAGCCCAGAGGGAAAAAACCUGGGCCAGGAAGAAAAGGCUUCCAGCAGUGGAGAGGAAGAGGAGGAUGGCAAGAGAGAGGAAAAGGGCGAGGACAGAGAGGAGACUGGAAAAACACAGCUGGGAAGUCAGGAUCGGCUCCAUCCCAGCUCAUUCAAGCCACAUUGGACCCAGUUACUCCUUAUAGAGGCUGGAAGCUUUAUUUCUCAGAAGCAUAUGAUGACAACUUCCCUUUCAUUCAGAAGAUUGAAGCGUUUGAAAAGUUUUUCAUGUCUCUGAUAGACCAUUAUGACAAGGAUGAAAUAGAAAGUAAGGGAAGCAUUCUUGUGGAUUAUAAAGAGCUGAUUAAUGCUAAAGAAGUAGUUGAGUCAAUACCUGAUAUUUCCACCGAAUUUAGAGAUAUGCCACAGAAAAUACUGGACUGCAUGGGCUUGGCAAUUCAUCAGGUCCUAAGCAAAGAUCUUGAGAAAUAUGCAGCAGAACUGCAGGCACAGGAAGGACUGUCCAUUGGUGAAGAACCCAUAAUCAACGUGCCAUAUAUCCAUGCAAGAGUCUACAACUAUGAGCCACUUACUCCACUAAAGAAUAUCCGGGCUAACUGCUAUGGGAAAUACAUUGCAGUGCGUGGCACUGUUGUGCGUGUCAGUAAUAUCAAGCCUUUCUGCAUCAAGAUGGCAUUUACAUGCAGCACCUGUGGAAAUAUUCAGAGUGUAUCUCUGCCUGAUGGAAAAUAUACACCACCUACAAAGUGUCCUUUGCCUGAAUGUCAUGGACGAUCAUUCACUGUAGACAGAAGUUCUCCUUAUACCAUUACCGUGGACUGGCAGUCUAUUAAGAUUCAGGAGCUCAUGUCAGAUGAUCACAGAGAAGCCGGCAGAAUUCCUCGCACCAUAGAAUGUGAGCUGAUUCAGGAUCUUGUAGACAGCUGUGUUCCAGGAGAUGUAAUUACUGUCUCAGGAACAGUCAAGGUCUCCAACACUGAGGAAGGGGCAUCUAAAAACAAAAGUGACAAAUGUGUCUUCCUGUUAUACAUUGAAGCAAACUCUAUCAGCAAUAAUAAAGGACAGAAAGUAAAGGAUUACGAACAUGGGAUGAAGCAUCGGCAGUGCAUGGAGUUCUCGCUAAGAGAUCUUUAUGCUGUCCAGGAGAUCCAGGCAGAAGAGAACCUGCUCAGACUCAUUGUCAACUCCCUUUGUCCUACUAUCUACGGUCAUGAGAUAGUGAAAGCUGGCUUAGUGCUGGCAUUAUUUGGAGGAUGCCAAAAAUACAUGGAUGAUAAAAACAGGAUUCCUGUUCGAGGAGACCCACAUAUCUUGGUGGUUGGAGAUCCAGGACUGGGGAAGAGUCAGAUGCUGCAAGCUGUGUGCAGUAUUGCUCCUCGUGGAGUGUAUGUUUGUGGCAAUGCCACGACUACAUCUGGCCUGACUGUCACUCUGUCUAGGGACAGUGCCUCUGGAGAUUUUGCUUUGGAAGCUGGCGCCCUUGUACUUGGAGAUCAAGGAAUUUGUGGAAUAGAUGAGUUUGAUAAGAUGGGCAACCAGCACCAAGCCUUGCUGGAAGCUAUGGAACAGCAAAGCAUCAGUCUCGCAAAGGCUGGUAUUGUUUGCAGUUUGCCAGCUAGGACGUCAAUCAUAGCAGCAGCCAAUCCUGUUGGAGGUCACUAUAACAAGGCCAAAACAGUAUCAGAGAAUCUGAAAAUGGGAAGUGCAUUAUUGUCCCGGUUUGAUUUGGUGUUCAUCUUGCUGGACAUACCAAAUGAAGACCAUGACCACUUACUGUCUGAACACGUCAUGGCGAUGCAUGCUGGGAAACAGGCUGGACGUAGCAGUGCUAUAGUGAUGCGUGGAAGCUCGCAAGAUUCACACAUAUCAGUCCUUGAAGCCAUUCCAGAUAAGCCAUUAUCAGAAAGGUUAAAGAUCAUUCCCGGAGAGAGUUUUGACCCAAUUCCACACCAACUGUUAAGGAAAUAUGUGGGGUAUGCUCGGCAGUAUGUACAUCCCAAAUUGUCUCUAGAAGCUGCUAGGGUCCUCCAGGAUUUCUACCUUGAGCUCCGGCGACAAAGCCAAAGAGCAGAUGGUACACCCAUCACUACAAGGCAGCUUGAGUCCCUGAUACGUCUUACAGAGGCCCGUUCAAGGUUGGAAUUAAGGGAAAAAGCCACCAAAGAAGAUGCCUACGAUGUCAUAGAAAUAAUGAAAUACAGCAUGUUAGGAACAUACUCUGAUGAGUUUGGGAGGUUGGAUUUUGAACGUUCUCAGCAUGGCUCUGGUAUGAGCAACAGAUCACAAGCAAAGAGAUUUGUUUCUGCCCUCCACCAAGUUGCAGAAAGAACCUACAACAAUGUCUUUGAAUUUCAGCAGUUACGGCAAAUUGCAAAGGAGACGAACAUAAAAGUAGCUGAUUUUGAAAAUUUUAUUGGAUCUUUAAACGAUCAGGGUUAUUUCUUGAAGAAAGGUCCAAGAUUAUAUCAGCUUCAGACUAUGUGAAGGAAUUGGUCCAGGAGAACACUGCAUUGCAGAAAGAAUUAUUAUUAUUUACAGCCGAUCAAAGUUACCAUAUUGGCUGAAAUUCAAGAUGAUUUUACAGAUUAGCAGUUGCUGGGGGUAAAGUGCAGCUGCCUGGGAAAGGCAAUGGCAAACCACCCCAUAAGCUUGCACAGGGGACUACCUUUACCUUUAUACUUCCAGGAACAGUGUUUGUAUGUAUUCUGAGUUGCAGAAUUGUACACAGUGAGUGCUGAGACUACUAGAGUGGGGUAUUUGUAUGAUUGUGGCAGGGGGUGGGUGGGUUAGAAGGAUAUGUCAACAUACAUCUCAUCCUUUCUCUUGUGUGGGUUUUCUCUGUUUUCCAGUUCUAGUGUUGUAAUUUGUGGUCUUGAUAUGGGGUAACUAACAUUAAAUAUGAAAUGGACAAGGACAGCAACCCGUGGCUUGUUCAUGGCCUUCUCCUAAAGCAAGCUGUUGUUAAAAUGUCUUGAAACUGAGUCACCAGUAGCAACUUCUUUAUACUACUUUGUAACAUUUUUGAGAGACUAAUUUAAUUUAGUGUUUAAAAUUUCACGUUGACACUGUUCAAAGUUUCAGUUUUUAAACUGAAAAAAAUCACUCUUUGUUCAGAGCUUUCUGAAUUAAUGUUUCAGCUGUAUAAAACUGCUGUGCCAACUUUAGCAUAUACAAUGUUUAAAAUUAAAACAAAAAUCUUACUCGA